AUUCUGGAUUUGCGGUAUAACAUAGUGACGUUUACAACACUGAGCUCUUGAGUUCCGUGGAGCUUCGGCAGCCUGUGUGCCAUCUUCCAUAGUUACUGCCAUCUUCCUACUGUCGUGAGCUACCAUGGACUAUGGAGGAUGGCACCCAGGUCAGAGCCUUGGAAGAGCUGAUUUUUUUUGGAGAACAGGCAAAAAUAAAUGUGUGCGCAGUCAGCGUGGCCUUAUUACACUUUCCUCACCUUCCAGUUCCAGCCAGCAGUUGACAGUCCCUUUCAACUCUGUGUUGGUGUCAAACAUCCCACCAUGGAUGACUGAGGACAAGCUGAUUAUCCAUUUCCAAAGGACUAGUAAUGGUGGGGGUGAUGUUAAGAACGUCACAUUCACAAACCCAUCUAUGGCUGUUGUCACCUUUAACGACCCUGAAUGUGCUUGUAAUGUCCUGAGAAAGACACAGAUGACAGAAAAUGGAGAGAUCCUUAAGAUGGAGCUAUAUAAGGAGGUCUUUGGCGAGGUAACUGCAGUGUUACCGCAUAAUGUACUUCAGAAUCUAGACAGCCCACUUGUAGACAAAAUAAAAAAAGAGACAGGUGCUCACCUCAAAAGGGAACGUGUCAACCUGAGCAUCAGUGGCACAUGGACCCAAGUGGAAGCUGCUAGAAAAAUACUCCAGCUCCAUUUGUCUCCUGAUGUCCAUCUAAGUCAUGGUCAAGCUUCAGUCAACGGCAGUGCUGCCAUUGGAGCAGCUACAAAUCAGCCAUACAACCCUGACAGAUACCAGGGGAAUUCUGGUGAUGUUGAAAGACUUACUGCUGGUACGAGUACCCAUGCAGGAGCAGAUACAAGGGGAGACAUUGGAGGCCAGGGUGAAGACAUGGAGUGGGAAGAUGAAACUGGAGCAUCUCCAAGUCCAACAUCUAACCCGUGUUUCAGACAUCUAACCCAGGAAAGGUCAAUCCCUUAA